AUGUCGCCCAGUGAAGACUUUCCCCCACUGAAAAACACCCUCUUGUUGCAAGCUGCACGUCGUGAGAAAACACAACGUGCUCCUGUAUGGCUAGUUCGACAAGCCGCUCGUUAUCUUCCGGAGUUCAUGGAGAUACGGAAGUCUCACGAGUUCUUCGAGAUCUGUAAGACCCCGAGUCUUGCAUGCGAGGUGACGAUGCAACCUAUCCGUCGGUAUACCGGCAUCUUGGACGGGGCGAUAAUCUUUGGCGACAUUCUCGUGAUACCCCAAGUCAUGGGGAUGACUGUCGAGGUCAAGUUGGGUCCGUACUUUCCCGAUCCGCUACAAACACCAAGCGAUCUCCGAAAACUGAAAAUGGAGGUCGAAAUCGAGACCGCUUUGGAGUAUAUGCUGAACGCAAUCUCCUUGACGAGGCGAAGACUUGAGGGUGAAGUGCCUGUGAUCGGUUUCACAGGCGCGCCGUGGACGUUGCUAGUUUUGAUGACGGGUGGAGGCUCUCAGACGCAGAAACAGGCCAAGAGGUGGUUGUAUUCGUAUCCGCAGGAAACUGCCACAUUCCUCGGUCGCCUCGCGGAGAUAUGCAUUGACUUUCUGGUCGCGCAAGUUCAAGCUGGCGCGCAGUUCCUACAGAUUUUUGAGUCAUUCACGGGCGACCUCACGAUGCAUCACUUGCACAACUUCUCAUUUCCAUCCUUGAGGCGCAUCGCCAGCGGCGUACACGAUCGUCUACGCGAGAAAGAGCUACCUGUCGUUCCGCUCUCCUUGUUCGCAAAGGGUGCGAGCCAUGCUCUAGCCGAAAUGGCCGACCUCGGUUUCGAUGUCAUCAGCGUCGACCAUACAGUCGACCUCGUAAAAUGUCGGGAAGUAGUCGGAGACAGGGUCGCGCUUCAUGGCAACAUAGAUCCAAUGGUGUUGUUCGCGGGAAAGGACGCCAUUGAACGAGAAGUCAAGAGGGUCUGCGAUGCCGUUGCUGCUAGUGGAGGUGAUCGUGGAUGGAUUGCGGGAUUGUCGCACGGUGUUCCAGAUGGUGCUGAUGCGGAAUCCGUUCGACAUCUCUUGGAGUGCAUCCGGCAGUAUUCCGCGACGUAG